AUGGGCUGGAAAAUGUACAGCAAAAAAAAAUCUUUAAAGAGAAUAAGAAAAAGACACAACAGAGAGAAGAGCCAUGUCCUGCAGAUUCGGUAGACUCUCUGAUGGCAGAAAUGCCAUUUGUCGACACGGAUAUUGAAGAUGAAUUUGUUAUGCAUGAAACUUCUGAAAUAAAUAUAAAAAAGAAAAGAAAGAGGACUACUGGAAGGGAAAUUGAAGAAGGCAGUGAGAGAAAGAAGAAAAAGAAAAAACAGUAUCAGCCAAAUUAUUUCAUUUCUCUUCCAAUUACUAAUCCAAAGAUUACUGGCGGUAUUCAGGCUGUCCAAGAUGCAAUAAUACAAAAAGAUCAAAGGCUUUCCAAAGCAAUGGUUCACUCUGGCUCAUUGCAUGUCACCAUGUUAGUGAUGCAUUUAUCCAAUGAAGAAGAAAUUAGCAUAGCAGUUGGUGCUCUUUCAGACAGCAAGGACUUUGUAGAAGACUUCCUGAAAGGAAAAACUGUGGAUUUGUCUUUUCAAGGAAUUGAUCACUUCAAAAAUGAAGUUGGAUUUGUGAAGUUGGCAGAAAAUGACCACACAACUAUGCUUACGGAAAUAGCAG